UGCUUCAGGACAAGACAUCAGCGUAACCUUACGUACAUUACGUCCCUGCGCCUUUGUGGUUCGGUCGACAACAUUAGGCCCUGUCCUCCUUUUGGUAUUUAUAGCGUCUAGUCGCCGGAAAGUUACUUAUAUCUUACAGUGUAUCCCGCUGUGUGAUGACGACAAGCGUAAAGCAUCUUUCUGGCCGCCAUGCGCCAGCUCAGUUUCGGCGCCGGACGCUCGGAGCUUUCGGCCGACCAACAAGUCGAGCUGGCACCUGCGUGAUAAGCAGGGCGUCGUACGAUGUAGAUGUGGAGCCGAUUCCCCUUCGAGCCCCCAGCAGCGGCCCCUCUCGUUUUGGCGGCUCGCCUCCACCUCCUCCGCCGCCUCCACCUCCUCAGAAGACGGGGCUGCAGCCCCCCUCGCGGCGCGAGAUGCUAUUUGGUUUCCUAGGCCUGGGCAUGGGUGUUGCGGGCACCUACGCAUACGACAACCGCCCCAUAGAUAAAGCAGAGAUAGACGAGCGGCUCACAGAGCUGAUGGAUGAGCUGCUGGACGACGAGGCGCUGCUGAACGUGUUGGGCGAGGAAAUCAUGUUGAACAAGAACAUGCAAGAUGAGGAGGAUGCCGUACGCAUGCUUAAGGGCCUGGAGGCCAUAGAGGAGCAGCUCAAUAAGGUUCCCACGGUGGAGGAGCUGGAGGCCGCAGCAGCGGCGGCAGAGGCAUCGGGGAAGCAGUAAUAUGUAACAAGAACAGCAGAGGAAGACAGGGGCGGGUGUGAAGCGGAAGCACCUUAAUAUAACACGUUGCAUCAGAAGUGGGCAAGAGUGGGUGGAUAUGAUGUUGGCAUUGACAAUUGUUGGUGUGGGAACAAAAGCGGUGGUGAUGACGAAGAGGGGCAGAGCUGGGACAACUGGCGAGUACCGGUAAAGCUGGCAAACGCCUUGCCUUCCAAGGCUAUUGGUAUAAGACGGAGGGAGACCUCCUGGUCCGGUGGUAUCUAUCGUGAAGUGAAUGGGCAGAUAUACCGGCGGUAUAUCAACGAGUCUGAUGGUGGGACAUUACUGCGCAAGGCCUAGCUAAAGGCCAUGGCUGAGAAGAACUGACGGCGAGGUAUUGUGUCAACGGGCCACUUUCCUUGUCGUUGCUAGCAAGAACGCCUCAUGGUUGCUUACAAAUGCUGCCUGUUACAUAGUUUGCUAAAAAGCAAAUGGCCUGAUAGGCGGGAUAUUUGCACCAGUAGAAUGGCGCCUGUGCUAUAUGUAAGGUAUGCCCUAGCAGGUAUAUACAAAAGGUAAUGAAUAUGGCAACAUGCUUAAACAUGUCUGG